AUGGUCGAUGACGACGCGUCAAGUGAUUACGUCAUCACCGACAAGAUUGCGCAAUCGUCCGAGCAGAUCGACAUGAUCGACGAGUUACCUGGCGCGUAUCCUGAAGAGUAUCCACGCUAUGCCACCCCCACCAUCCUGCGUCCCGCCAAGACGGAGCCAGCCCGCCAAGCUUCCCUUCAAGUCCACCAGAGGAGCGUAACCAGCCCCGCCGACGGGUACCCAAGGAACAAGGACGCAAGAUGUAAAAGCUACAUUUACUGCAGUAUUCCGUGCAAAACUCUGUUAGGAUUCAAACCUACUACAAUGGCAUGCUAA